AUGUCCGACCUCCGCCCGCCGGAAAACCAAGUCGGCGGCCACCGCGCCUCCGCCAACAAGCUGGGUCCGCUCAUCGACGGCUCUGGCCUCUUCUACAAGCCGCUCCAGGCCGGGGACCGCGGGGAGCACGAGCUCGCCUUCUACGAGGCGUUCUCCACCCACUCCGCCGUCCCGGCCCGCAUCCGGGACACCUUCUUCCCGCGGUUCCACGGCACGCGCCUCCUCCCCACCGAGUCGCGGCCCGGGGAGCCGCAUCCGCACCUCGUCCUCGACGACCUCCUCGCGGGGCUUGAGGCGCCCUGCGUCGCCGACAUCAAGAUCGGCGCCAUCACGUGGCCGCCGAGCUCGCCGGAGCCCUACGUGGCCAAGUGCGUCGCCAUGGACCGCGGGACCACGAGCGUUCUGCUCGGAUUCCGCGUCACCGGCGUCCGGGUCGUCGACCCCGAGGGCGCCGUGUGGCGGACGGAGCGCCCGGAGGUGAAGGCCCUGGACACCGCCGGCGUCCGCCGCGUGCUCCGGCGCUACGUGUCAUCCGUUGCCGACGAGGGGAUGGACUGCGCGCUCGCCGCGGCGGUGUACGGCGGCAAAGGAGGAGUCUUGUCACAGCUGCGCGAGCUCAAGGCGUGGUUCGAGGAGCAGACUCUGUUCCACUUCUACUCGGCGUCGAUUCUUCUGGGCUAUGAUGCUAGUGCAGUUGCAGCAAGCGGAGGUGCGGGUGGGGUGAGGGUGAAGCUGGUGGACUUUGCCCAUGUGGCCGAGGGUGAUGGGGUGAUUGACCACAACUUCCUGGGCGGGCUCUGCUCUCUGAUCAAGUUCAUUUCUGACAUUGUUCCAGAGACCCCUCAGACGCAGCCUUUGGGUCCUUCUUAA